GAUGAACCAAUGGCAAUCCCAUGUAACACGGUAUUCAUUGUAGACCUGUCAAGUCCUCGAAAUCAACCCAAUCACUCUACUUCGAGCUGCCCAUCACUGGAUCGUCCCUCUUCUCACAUUGCCAUUAACAAAGGUACGUCUGGUGCUCGAUUUCACAGAUUCUAGUAUCAAUUCCUUUAGAUCCGAUCCCCAUUUCGUUCCUCAACGUUUUGCCCUAAUUCUAGCUCCAUCUUUCCGCUCAGUUUAUCAGAUCAAACCGAUUCUAUCCAAGUUCUAUUGUUUAUUUGAGUUGACCCUUUAAUUUACAAGCGCUUCUAUCAAAGUUCCAACUGAAAUUGGAAUCGUGUUAGGAGGAAUUAGAGAAACAAUGGCUGUUCCGAAGCAACAUUAUGCUACAAGCAGUCUUGUGAUUGGGUAUGCUCUGUGUUCAAGUUUGUUGGCUGUGAUUAAUAAAUUUGCAAUCACCAAGUUCAAUUACCCAGGUCUAUUGACUGCUUUGCAGUAUUUAACUUCAGCUCUAGGGGUUUGGAUUUUGGGAAAAUUAGGGUUUUUGAAUCACGAUCCGUUUGUGUGGGAAACCGCUAAGAAAUUCUUGCCGGCGGCUAUUGUUUUCUAUCUGGCUAUCUUUACAAAUACCAAUUUGUUGCGCCAUGCCAAUGUAGACACGUUUAUAGUUUUCAGAUCAUUGACGCCCCUUUUGGUGGCACUCGCUGAUACCACUUUUAGGAAGCAACCGAUUCCAUCAAAGCUUACGUUUUUAUCACUUUUGAUCAUCUUGGGUGGUGCUGUUGGCUAUGUUGCUACUGAUUAUGGGUUUACUUUGACUGCAUAUUCAUGGGCAUUUGCUUAUUUGAUCACGAUCACCACCGAAAUGGUUUACAUCAAACACAUGGUGACAAAUCUUGGGUUGAACACAUGGGGUUUUGUUUACUACAACAAUUUGUUAUCUCUUAUGAUGGCUCCAUUGUUUUGGGUUGCAACCGGUGAAUACUCGGAUGUGUUUGCAGCUGUUGGAUCCAAUGGUGGGAAUUUGUUUGAGAUUGUCGCGUUUACAGCAGUUUCAUUAUCAUGUGUAUUUGGACUUCUAAUCAGUUUCUUUGGAUUUGCUUGUCGUAAAGCCAUCUCCGCCACUGCAUUUACUGUAACGGGUGUUGUAAACAAGUUUCUUACAGUGGCUAUAAAUGUUCUGAUUUGGGAUAAGCAUGCUAGCCCAUUUGGGCUAUUCUGUUUGCUUGUAACUAUUGCUGGAGGUAUUUUAUAUCAGCAGUCUGUAACUGGAGUUACCAGCCCGUCUUCACAGCGGGACCCAGCAGCAUCUAAGCUGAUGGAAAGCAAAGAUGAUGGUGACGACUACACGGAUGAAGAUCAAGAAAAGGGCAUAUCUGGAAAAAUCUCUGGUGUAUAAGGAUUACAACAUCUCACUUAAAAGAGGUUCUGUCAACCAAAGCUUUUUUACACAUGUUAUCAAUGAUUCUCAGUUAGUUUUAUGUAUUAAAUUGUCAACUAUAUUAUCUGCUUUUGGAUUUCCAUCAUUAAUGUUAUCUCAAAUAGGUCUUUUUUCCCUCACUAUGAACGGUUCAUGCCUUAUGUCUUCGGGCAUCUUUGCUUUAUUAAAGUAGUGAAAACAUCACUUAUUUUG